GCUCUGGAGAGAUGCCGAGACUUGAGAACAAGACCCGGGGAGAGACAGCCAGCCAGCCUAGAAGCUACCGAGUUAGGUUGGAGGCGUUGGCGCUGCGCCGGGCUCCGCCCCUUCUCCGCGACGUGCCAGGCCCUGGGAGGGGCACGCCGGUUUGGGGGUGGGGAGUGUGUGUCCAAGGGGGAGGGUCCGUGGUGGCGGUGGGGGCGGAGAGCCGCCUGCGCAUGUCAAGGUAGGCAGCACACCAGCCAGGGGGCGGCCCUGGAGAGGGGCGGCUUGAUCACCAAGCACCCAGCAUCGGAGCCCCGCAGGAUCCAGAGGUGUGCUCCAGGGAAGGGGAUCCCUCUUUACCCCCCUCCAGACCUUGGAGAUCGCCAGCGCUAUGGGAGUUCCCUCCUAGUCUCCCAGCCCCCGGGGACCUCUCCGGAGCCCGUGUGCACAGGACUGUGGUGGAAGAAAUUCUGUUACCCAGACGGGCGAGUUCAGGUUGCUUCGGGAGUGCGGACACACCCAGCUGUUGAAGCCUGCCGUGAAGAGGAAGGCCUAGCUCCCGAGUCCCCGUGGAUCGAAGUAGGACUGUCCCUGUCCCUAGGGGAGGCGAGAGAAAGUCGCCCCCUUGGGGGCAGUUCAUCCCUAAGGGUUUCCUCGAAAGAAUCAGAGGCGGUGCAGUCAUUGACAGAGAAUCUCUCUGUUUAGCCCCGAAAGCCACCCUCCGAAAAACAUGCCUGCCUUCAACAGAUUGCUUCCCCUUGCUUCUCUCGUGCUCAUUUACUGGGUCAGAGUCUGCUUCCCUGUGUGUGUGGAGGUCCCCUCGGAGACGGAGGCCGUGCAGGGUAACCCCAUGAAGCUGCGCUGCAUCUCCUGCAUGAAGAGGGAGGAGGUGGAGGCCACCACUGUGGUUGAAUGGUUCUACAGGCCUGAGGGCGGUAAAGAUUUCCUUAUCUACGAGUAUCGAAAUGGCCACCAGGAGGUGGAGGGCCCCUUCCAGGGCCGUCUGCAGUGGAAUGGAAGCAAGGACCUGCAGGAUGUGUCCAUCACCGUGCUUAAUGUCACUCUGAAUGACUCUGGCCUCUAUACCUGCAAUGUGUCCAGGGAGUUUGAAUUUGAGGCACACAGGCCCUUUGUGAAGACCACACGAUUAAUCCCACUCCGAGUCACUGAAGAGGCUGGAGAGGACUUCACCUCCGUGGUCUCAGAAAUCAUGAUGUAUAUCCUCCUGGUCUUCCUCACCUUGUGGCUGCUCAUUGAGAUGAUCUAUUGCUACAGAAAGGUUUCCAAGGCUGAAGAAGCUGCCCAAGAAAAUGCGUCUGACUACCUUGCUAUCCCUUCAGAGAACAAGGAGAACUCUGUGGUACCUGUGGAGGAAUAAUGUGGUGUGAUUUGAGGUGACCUGAACCCUGAAGGACUGGAUAUCCCAAAUUCAGUGAUGUCAGCAGCAUCAGGAAGAUGCCCCAAGAGUCCCACUCAUCCGUCCUAUUCACCAUACCUCCACCUCUCACUUCCAAGCUCCAUCAGAACUCUACACAUCCUGACUGUACCACAUCUGAGGAGCCAACAUCUCUACAUGGACUCAACCUCACCCUGUUCUCACUUUCAAGAAGCAGCUCCCAUCUCAAUUAGAGUUGCCCCCUGUGCACCAAAUGACUCUGGAUAAGCACUGGAAGUAGUAUUCUCUCUGCCCCUAACUGGCUAGAAUUGGUUCAUUCUCCACUGCUGCAUGAGAAUGGAUGUCUUACUGGAGGGAAGCAGUGAUGAGCUUGGAUUAAAGGCAAAAGCAUGCCAUGUACUUGGAUUCCAUUGAAGUCAGUUUUUCUAAGUUCACAGCCUACUUGACUAGAACACCAGAGAGAAGCAACCCCUCUCAUUUCUCCAGGGACAACAAUCUUUAAGCAAAGGCUGGGAUGGUUUCUGAAGCUUAGCGCUCCAGGAUUAGAUCUCCACAGUCCUCAAGGCCUGGAAUGAACCCACAUCUUUUAAGAAGCCAGGGAAGGACCCAGGGAAUUUUAAGUGGUUCUUAAAUAUGAUACAACAUAUUCUGAUCUUAUUGGGAACAUGGGUGUGUAUCCUAUCCUUGCUGGUGAGCACACUACAUGAGCAGGAGACUGACAUUCCUAAAUUUUUCCUCUUGUAGUAUCUGUGGAUCAGUAUUAUUCCUCAUUUUCCAGGGUUGCUGCUGAGACUCAAACAGGGCUGAACUGAACAGGACACUUAGGUGAUUAAACUGGAUCAGAGAUGAGUUUUCAGUGCCGCCCAGUUCAACCUCUCUGAGACGGAAGAUUUUGUUUUUGAAGACAUUCGGCAAGACUGUAGCUAUCUAUGCCUCUUGCUCAGCUGAGGUUAACUAUGAUAGAUUCAGAGAACCAGAGACUGGCUCAGAAGGCCAUGAGACACGGAAGAUAUGAGAUAGACCUGAAGAAUUUCUUGCAAAGAUGUAUGAAUCUGAAACACCCUCUAGAAAAGAUGGCGUCAGAGGAUAUCUCUAUCAAGAAAAACUCAGCAAUGGAUAACGAGCAAAGUAACAGUGGGUGGGUGGCUUCUAAAUACCUUACCUCUAGAGUUGUAAUGUUUGGGUAUUUGGGGUACUUUUUCUAGAUUUUAGAACAGUAGUCAGUGGGAAGAUUUUUAAUCAAUAUCUAAUUUUAAUGACUGGUCCAAGUGCAAUAUUCUUUAUUUAGCCCCUAGUGAUAACAAGGGCAAGAGGCCUUAUGGAAAAGUGGGAUUCAGUAAGACAAAUUUCCCUCAGAUCUAGGGAGAUAUACAGGAAAGGCCAUUCUCCACUGGUGAUGGGCUUCACAUGAUGAGCUCACUUUUCACCCUUUCCAUCCCUGGGGAUGUACCUGAAACAAGACCGUUAAUAGAUAUUAAGAGUCUGAUUUCGUUGAAAAAAGUACUUGCAAUAAAUUCAAGACCCUUCUCACUGGUGAAUUUUCCACACCACACUUAUGAAAUAAAAGAGUUACUCUCGAACAUUUUUCUUACUUUGCAAUUAGGGUGAUAGGCUUGAAUUAGUGCAAGGCUUACUGAGUCACAGGUCUGGUUGAUGCCAGACCUUGCAGCAGGCGCAAGCUACUUCUGCCACUUUCUCUUCAACCAUGCAUCUAACUUGUAAUCACACAGUAUGCUGACUGCCUUGUCCCUUCUUCUCUUCUUAAAAAAAUCCAAUCUAGAUAACAGAAUUCUGAGUGGCUUUUAAUCCUGACUGAUAUCAAUCACAUGUCCAUUACAAGGUAUCUUCUCUUUCCUGAUCUUUUUCUAGCAUCUCAAUUCUUAUUGGUAUUUUCAUUAUAGCCAUCUGGCUUGAAAAAAAAAGUUUUGACUCUGAUUAUUUUCUCUCUCCUCCACAAUUGGUGAGCGAUGUAAAUGCUAUUAACGUUCAGUAUUUCCAAUGAUGAAACUGAGGUUUUGACAGCAAACAGCUUUGCAAAAUCAUCAGGUCACCUAGUUUACUGUCACAGGAGAGCUCACUCCCAGUUCAGUUCACUUGCAAAUUGGGCCCUGGCUGCCUCCUCCCUCAUUCUUCCUCCCUUCCGUCUUUCCUCCUUCCCUAGCUUCCAUCCAGCUCUUUGCUUCCUUCCUUGUCCUCCUAGCUCAGACUCUACUACUGUCCUGCUUCUUACAUUGUGCUUGAUGGAUGCUAGAAGCAGGCUUUGGGAGUCCGUCCCACUCUAUGUCUGUCUAGUUGGCUUGUGCAUCAUUUCUCCAAAAUCACAAUAGAAUACCUUUCUAGGAGGCUUGCUCAUAACGAUAAAUCAACAAGGUACUGUGAUCACCAGCCUACUUUAAGACCUUCAGCAUCUUUGUUUCCUCCCAUCUGAUAAGAAAAAAAAAAACCCCAGACUAAAUGUGUGCAGUGCUGGAAGCUUUGUCUGGCAUGCUAUUUCCUAUUAAAGGGCUUAGAAGAGUUUUCAAGGGCUAUAACCAUGUAGAAAUCCCACCUGUUGUCUUGGUGCUGGAUAUUUCCUGUGACUGAUCCUCAAUAACAAUUUGUUAAAGGUCAAGCGAGGCUGAGUCUAAUUUUCCCUUUCUUACUGCUUAAGAGCCAUGAACUUGAUUACUUAUCUCACUGGGUCUGAAGCUCCUUGCCCUAUAACCUUUCUUGUCUGCUCGGUCUUGCAUCAAGCCCUAGACCUUCCGUGGAACUACUUGGACAGCCAGUUCCUGUCUAUAUCUCAGCCUUCAUUUUCAGUCUGUUUAAUAGCAUUAUCCUUUGGUUUCUCCAUCCUCAAAUACCUGCACACAAAAGCUUUCCUGAGUUUCUGGUUUUGCCUAGAAAGGAAGUUUUCAAUGUAAGAUUAUGUUGAGAAAGCAAUCAGUGGUUAAGACAGAGCUGGGGAGACAGCUCACUUGGUAAAGUGCUUGCCACACAAGCAUAAGAAUCUGAGUCUGACCCCAUGUAAAAAGCCAGACAUCAUGGCACACACUGGUAAUCCCAUUGCUGGGGAGGCAUGGACAGGCAGAUCCCUGGGCCUCACUGACCAGGCCAGCCAGCCUAGCUCACUUGGUCAUCUCCAGGCUAGUAAGAGACCAUAUCUCAAAAAGAAAAAAAAAGGUGAACAGCACCUGAGGAAUGACACCCAAGGUUGACCUCCACA